AUGCCUACCCGGACGGGAAUGGCCUGGCAGUGCACGUUAACCCUGGCCCUUGCCCAGGGCGCCAAGCGCGACCGGCCCCAGCAUGCCGUACUGGAAACAGCAAACUACCGACUUGAAAGCGUGUUUGGCGCGGCCAAAUGCACGUUCCCUGAUACCAGGCCCGCUUAUCCAACACCACCUGGCUCGCAUGGACCUAUAUUCUGGGACAGGAAACUCCAAGGCGCCCCUCAGGGCCUGCACCCCGCUAACCGUGAGGCGCUGAGGGACGUCCGGGUUGAGAUACGGCCGGGGGUGUUCCAUGUGAUGGAUGAGGGGGCGGCGGCCCGCCCACGACAGGCCCGCGGCCGUGCUACCACCGACGGCAGCGGCGAAGGCGGCGAAGGCCGCCGCGCACGUCCCACGAGCGCGCCGCCGGGCGCUCGGCGGCGAUCCGCCGUCAACGGUAUCGGCGGCCCCGGCGGCCCUGGCGGCGCUGCUGCUGUGGCGGCGGCGGCGGCGGCGGCGGGUGUCCCCCGACGAGCCACCGUGGAGCUCCAGCCCGAGGUACUCCAGCUGGAGGAGCGGCUGAGGGAGAUGCUGCGGCGGUCGGCAGCGGUCCACGUCACGGAGCGCACGGUGUUGCUUCAGGCCUUCGCCACGGUGCUCGCUAAGAGGUACACGGAUCUGGGUCCCAAGGAUAAGGUGAGCACGGACCAGUUCGUGGCGGUGUGGCGGCGGUUUGGUAUCUCCAUCAGCAAUGCCCACGCCCGGGCCUUCUUCGACAAAUACGGCAAGGACGCGCGGGGGCUCAUGCCUGUCAUGAACUUCACUGACGCUCUGCUGAUGGGCGGCCCACGUCUCGCCAUGGCUGCGAGCGAGGAGGUCCAGCGGGGGCCCUACCAGGCGGGGAAACCCGCCACACACACGGGGAAGAUACUGUACCCCGAGUGCAAGAAGGGCGUGUGGCCGCCCAGUAAUUGGGACCCCAGGCUGGCGGAGCGAUCUGCGCAGCUGCCGGAUGUACGACUGGCGUUGGAAUUCGUACAUGGAUACGACGGCCAUCUGGCUACGGCACCCAAUAUAUUCUACACAGCUACCGGGGCGGUGGUGUACAACGUGGCCGGGUUGGGCGUGGUGUAUGACAAGGGCACACACACGCAGCGUUUCUUCCUGGGUCACGACGACGACGUGCUGUGUACCGCCAUCCACCCCGACCGCCUGUUGGUGGCCACGGGGCAGCUGGGCAGGAGCCCCUGUGUGGCGGUGUGGGACUCCACAUCGUGCAAGAUGAUUGCCAAAAUUAACGUCGAUCGCGACUACCGGGGUAUCCAGGCCCUGGCCUUCUCCCCGGACGGAUCCCGACUGGCGGCCAUAUCCCUGGAUAACUCCCACUCGCUGCACGUGUGGGACUGGACGAGGAGGGCGCCGCUGUGCGAGCCGCGGAAGACGCAGCCUGGUGCGCCGCCGGCGGUGUACGGCAUCGUGUGGAGCAGGUUCGAGCCGGACAGGCUUGUUACCUACGGACAGAACCACAUUAAGUUUUGGCGGCUGGGCUCCGACCCCCGGGGCGGGGCGGGCAGUGGCGCCCUCAACCCCAGCUCCGAGAGCGGCAUGUUCUCCCUGGGGGCCACACACACGGUGACGGGGGCGUGCUUCCUGCCCUCAGGAGCAGUGCUGACAGGCAACGAGGCCGGCUGCAUCUGCAGCUGGAAGGGCCGGAGGCUGGUGAGAGAGACUCAGGCGCAUGCCUCUGGGCCGCCCACCCGCCGGCCUGACGGAAAGCCCUCGUACGGCGGUGUACGGUGCCUUGUACUGCAGACGGAGAGGGUGCUGCUGAGCGGUGGCGCCGACGGUGUCGUACGUAUGUGGGAUGUGAGUGGUGGCGACCUGGGGGCGCUGCUGAGGCACUUCCCGUUGCUCAGACCCGCACAGGUUGGUACAUUAGCCCCGCCCGCACUGCGUGGCCUGGACUGCGCCCCGGAUAACCCCGAGAUGUUCGUUGCAGGGGUUGCCAGCUGCGACGUGUGGGAGGUGGAUAAGGACCCCGAGGUGCUCGUGUACGGCCAGCAGGCGGACAUAUACGGCCUAGCCACGAAUCCCGCCUUCCCGCACGUCUAUGCCACAUGCUGCGAUAGCGAUAAAGUCACCGUGUGGAGCGCCGUGACGAGAAAGCCCAUCCGUAUCGUGUCCUUGGGGGGACUGGUGGCCCGCGGGUGCGCCUUCUCUCCGGACGGACAACAGCUCGCAGUGGGCUGCACCAACGGGGGAAUCAAGGUGCUGGAGUUCCACCCGGGAGUACGACAGGUGUGGUGGGGUAAGACCUUCAACAGUGCGGUGGAUGAGCUGAAGUACUCCCCGUGCGGCCGCUUCCUGGCGGCGGGGAGCCACGACCAGUCUAUCGACGUGUUUGAUGUGACGCGGGGGUACACCCGGGUGGCUCGCUGUAAUGGCCAUUCGUCCACUGUACGGCAUAUGGACUGGUCAAUGGACAGUACGGCAUUACAGAGUGUGGACCAGGCAUACGAGAUUUUGUACUUCGACCCGCAGACGGGUCGCCAGCUCAAAGACAACCAGCGAAACACCGCAUGGGCCAGUUGGAGCUGCCUGCUGGGCUUCCCCGUCAUGGGCAUCUGGUUCGCGGAUAGUGACGGCACCGACAUCAACUCCGUACACGCCUCGCCCUCUUGGCGCUACCUGCUUACCGCGGAUGACCUGGGCCGCAUACGGCUGCUCAACUUCCCGUGUGUCGUGCAGAACGCGCCGGCGCACGUGUACAGCGGGCACUGCAGCCAUGUGAUGAAUGUUCGGUGGAGCGCGGACGAGACGUACGCGGUCAGCGUGGGCGGAAAGGAUCGGGCCGUGUUCCAGUGGCGUGUGGUACGGCAACCCGUACAGGAGCCCAAGCCUCUGUCCACGCCCUGGGCCCAGGUGGAUGACACGGGGCUGGUGUGGGCGCCCCCGGGGGCAGUGGGGGGAGUGGCGGGAGCGGGACUAGCACACGGUGCAGGCCCUGGGGCCGGAAUGGGUGCGCCACAGGCGCAGCAGCCGCCCCAGCCGCCUCAGCCGCAUCUGCAGUUCCAAGCCCAGCACCGGCGUCGCUGA